AUGGAGCCCGCACAAAUUAUAGAGUCUGUGAACCGGGAGAACGCAGAGUUGCAGAACCAAAAGCAUCAACUUCUCGCCAAUUUACAAGAGACUGAGGACCAACUUUCUAAAGCGCGUACUCUGAACGACACUUACCAAUAUGAAGUCCAAGCCCAGGCUUUUCAGAUUUCCAGCGCAAGGAAUCUUCAUCAUAAUGCCUUCGCCAACUUCAAGGCCAGCAAUACCAGUGACGAACAGAAAAAGGACCUUAUACAGAAGAUCAUGGAAAUCGAGUCUACCGUUUUGUUGAAAGAAAUCGAGAAAAACCACCUCAAGCAUACCCUUGAGGAAAACAGAACUCGUCUAAAGCAAGUUUGCAAUACAUCUUCUAAGAUGAUCGAGACUCGGAACGAUCUGAAUCGCAAACUUGCAGAGACAAACGUUGUGCUUCGAUCGAAGGCAGGAAAGAAUGCACGCGCUCUUCGCAUGGCUAAGAAGGAAAAGGAAAGCUUGCAAAAGAAGAUCGAGGAUGCGGAAGAGGAAUUACAAAAGUGCCGAGAAACAGAGGAGCAACUGAACGAGGCUAUCGAGAAGGAGGUACAACUUCAGCGCGAAUGCCAGCUUUCACUUGCGGAGGUGGAAAAUCUCCGAAUGUCAAAUGACUUCUACAAGCAUGAGGAUGCAAAUCAGACGCAAGCCAUUACUAGUCUAAAGAGAUUAGUAACAAAUUUGCAGAAGACCGAGCGGAAGGAAGGAUACACCAAAACCAUAGCCAACUACAAGGCUGAUAUUGGGCGGCUUGUUGCGAAACAGGCCCAACUGGAAGACGAGAUUCAAAAGCAAAAAUGUAUCGUCACCAAGUCUUUAGCCAAGAUGAUGGAACAAGUCGAGAUUACGAAAGAGGCAAAGAAGGAGGCGGCUGCUUAUAGAGGACAUGCUCUUGCUACAACCCACUCACUGCUAGUCAGCCUAUCGCACACGAAGUUCGAAGUCGCCAUAAAAAUUGUUGAUAAUGUUUUCGAAAGGUUAAAAGAUAUCGAUUCUAAGGAAAAGGCAACACGAGCGAUUCACACCAUCAAUGGCUAUCUUGAACGACAAUCCAAAACGGUCGAAGACUACACCGCGAAUGUAAUGUCAAACAGUACUAAGGUACAAGAACUGAUACGAGAUCUUCAAAGCUGUAUUCCAAAGGAAGCAAGGCCAGGUGACUUGGUCAACUUCAUUGAGUAUGUACGAGGGUUGCAGCAUAAGCUCGAGGCGGAGGCUAAGCAGAGGAAGAACAAGCUCAACGUCUAG